AUGGCCUGCCCGAACCAACGCGGAGACGAUGAGCCCAUUUACACUUCCGCCGAAGGUGACACGCACGCCUACCUCUACCCAAUGCAAGCACUAAUUUAUAUUUCAGGGCGUCCUCUUGCGGAUCCGACAACACAACUGGUCCUCCAAGGCCCUAAGGUUCGCGGCGGUAGCCUCGCUUUGCUAGAAGACACGCAGCUUAUUGAGACACUCGCCCACUUCCCACGAGAGCGGAUACCAGAGCGCGUCGUGCAUGCCAAAGCUGCUGGCGCCUGGGGAGAGUUCGAAUGCACCAAGGAUAUCACCGACAUAACUUCAGCAUGCAUCUUCUCCGAAGUGGGUAAGAAGACAAAGGUCCUUGCACGUAUCUCGACAACAAGCGGAGAGAAGGGAUUUCCAGACACGGUUCGCGACAUCCGUGGCUUCGCCCUGAAGAUGUUUACCGAGCAGGGCAAUUAUGAUUUUGUGGGAAACGACCUACCUGUGUUCUUUGUCCGCGACCCCAUCAAGUUCCCCUCCCUGAACCGUUCUCAUAAGCGUCACCCGCAGACGAACGUACCUGACGCUUCGAUGUUUUGGGACUUUCACAACAACAACCAAGAGGGCGCGCAUUGUUUGAUGCAGCUCUUCGGCCAACGCGGCGUUCCCGCCAGUUUGAGACACAUCAACGGGUUCGGCGUGCAUACUUUCAAGUUUGGAAAAGUGGACGAUGGCACAUUCAAAUAUGUUAAGAUGCAUUGGAAGCCGGAGAAGAUCGAGAACUUGAAGACCGAAGAGGCUGGGAAGCUUGCAGGUCAAGAGCCAGAUUAUCACGUGAAAGACAUGUACAACGCGAUCGAGAACGGCGACUACCCUGUCUGGACGCUUAAUCUGCAGAUUAUGGACCCCAAGGAAGCUGAGACCUACCGCUGGAACAUCUUCGACGAUACGAAGAUCUGGCCUCACAAAGAUUACCCUCUCAUUCCCGUCGGCAAACUCACACUGAACAAGAACCCCGAGAAUUUCUUCCAGGACAUCGAACAAGCCGCCUUCUCCCCCUCCAAUAUGAUUCCAGGUAUCGGUCCCUCUGCAGACUUGAUGCUGCAAGCCCGUAUGUUCUCGUACCCCGACGCUGCGCGCUACCGCGUAGGACCGAAUUACCAACAGCUGCCUUGUAACAAGGCACAAUACGUGUACAAUCCAUACCAGCGCGACGGUCCCGCGCGAUACGACGGUAAUUACGGUGCCGACCCCGAUUACGUGCGUUCGUCAUUUCGGAAGAUCAAGAGCAUCAAGCCCAACGAUGUGACUCAUGAUGAAUGGGUGGGCAAGGUGUCGAACUAUACAUCCAAUGUUGAGGACGAUGACUGGGUGCAGGCGCUUGACAUGUGGAAUCUCUUGAAAGACAGCGGCGACGAUGAGCUAUUCAUUGGCAACCUAAGCGGCCAUGUAGGCAAGGCAUUGCCGGAGGUACAGAAGGAGACGAUCAAAAUGUUUGCGAAAGUUCAUAAGGAGAUCGGCGAGCGUUUGGAGAAAGCACUAGGAAAGGCGAGCGAGGACGGACCAGAUCACGUGAAGGCUCCAUAUGGCCUGCAGUCAGCUGUCGGGGGUGGCUAUUAG